UUUUGGACAAAGCUCUCGAAAAUAUUCGAAAAAACACAAAAUGUGUGUGUGAUGAAUUACUACAAAAUGAUAUUAAUGAAAUGAGGAGUGUUUGUAAAGAGGAUGAGGAAAGGAAAUUGAAAGGGGGAGGAUAUACAAUUUCUGUUGUGGUUUUGGAAAGAAUGGAAGUUAGUGACGAAUUGAGAAGGAAAUAUAGAAAGGGAACUUCUCUUCCAGCUAUAUUUGCUGACGCAUUAAAGAAUAGAUUAAAUAGAGGAAGGUGUAAUGAUGAUGCUUUAAUUGUGUUGGCAAUAAAUGAUAGUUCGGUAAGUCUAGAUAUUUAAUAUAAAAAUAGUUAUGAAUCAGUUACGUGUAUCCAAAGAUGUUGCAAAAAUAGACAGUUCUAGAUAUGAGGGGAGGGGGAUUUUUGUAAAAGGGAGGAGAGGAUAGUGGUAUAAUUAAAAAAAAUUUCGGUUAGAAAUAAGAGGGAAGUAGACGAGCGGUGUUGGGUCGGAAACACGGACGGAACUAUUGAAAAUAACUUUUGGAAACCCAUUACUUCUAUAGGAGGAUAUAGGAGGAGAAGAAUCCUUCCCCUAUUUGAGUUGCCACACC